AUGGAAAAGAUUAUGACAAAUAAUAUUGUAAAACUAAAUGUUGGAGGUUCAAAAUAUACUACGACUAAAGAUUCACUGAAUUCUCAGUCGACAUUUUUCAGGGCGUUGCUCAAUGGAGACUGUGGAAACGCAACAGAUAGUGAUGGACACUAUUUUAUCGAUAGAGAUGGCGAUUUGUUUGGAGAUAUUCUCAGUUAUCUGAGAACUGGACAUUUCAAUAUCAAUCAAUACACUCGUGGUCAGCUUGGUCGUUUCCUAGUUGAAGCUGACUUUUAUGGUAUUCGGCCACUUGCAGAGCUACUCGAUCCAGUCAAUCAUGGUGGUGGUGAAUAUUUUAUAACCAAUAUCGAAACAUUGGAUUCAAAUAUAACUUGGACCGUUUCAAAAGCAAACAUCUUGGUGAUUGCAUAUGAAAAUCGAAAUGUUCAAGUUUGGGUAUAUAAAGGAUUAACAUAUCAUUGGAUAUUAAUGAAUCAACUUGAAUUACCUUUUGAACAAUUAAAUGGAAUGGGAAUGUCAAUCUCAAAGAAUAGCUAUAAUGAAGUAAAUAAUAUCAUUAUAUGUGCUUUUUCAAACUCAAAAGAAUUACAAAUUUGGAAAUUAAAAGUCGACCAUUUAUUAUAUAAAUCUACAAUUACUCUUUGUCAUAUGAUUGUUAUCGAUCAUUUUAUACAUUUCUCACAUUUUCUGGUGAAUGGACAUUAUUUAGCAUUGCUAUCAAAAGUUGGAAAAAUGACAAUCAUGGAAGUUGGACAAGACAAUGUCGGUACGAGUAUACCAAUGAAGAUGUUCAAUGUAAAUCGUCUCAUCUAUGUAGUUGCAGAUAUCGAUAACUUUCUAUAUAUCGGAUGUGAAGACGGUGUUAUAAUGGAGUUGAAACAGAAUCUAAGAGACAACUGGGAUUGGAGUCUAGAUGAAGUCUAUAGAAUCAGUAAAGUGGUAUUCAACGUUACAAACUAUGUCUCCGAAGCGAUCGUUCAGAAGGAGAAGAAACGUCUUUCCGAUCCAUCGCCAAUUGAAGACGAUCCAGAGAUGGUAUCGGUCGGUAACCUCCAGAGGAACGUGCCACAAAGCGAGCAUGCCAGUGUCAUCACUGCAAUCUCAUUGAUUCACAUUCAGCAGAUGAACAACCACAGAAUGGCAAUGGCCAUGGGAAUGCUCGACGGGACCGUCUAUCUGGCAUUCCGAAACACAAGAAGAACCGAUCCCUAUGUGUUUGGCGCUUCACAACAGGUGACAUCCCGCGCAGAUCCCAUCGAAAAGAUACUGAUUACCGGUGGCAACGAAGUCAAUACAUACGGUGGUGUCGAACCGAACAUGAACGAUCUAUCCUAUAUGCUAAUCACCAUACAUGAAAACAACAUGAUUUACUGCUGGGAGUUAAGACCAAUCGAUAACUUGUUCGGUCCACAAAUUAAACCAGAGAAAAAGAAAAAGAAUAACAACUAA